AACGCAUUUACACGAUCAUUACACGGGGUGUUUGACCACCUGCUGGUGCUCUCACCGUGUUGCCCCGAGCCGCGACGUAGGACACCAACACGCAACACCUCCUCCAACCCCUUUCCAUGUAAACGGCGCCUCGUCAUAUCCCCUUUGAGUGCUUCUGCUUGUGACAAUCGACAGCCCGACGCCAGUUCACCGCACCAUCACCGACAUGUCCCACCUGUAACUAGUUCCCCAAUAGCUAGAGCUCAAUUUCGCAGGUUUUACGGUUUAAUUUUGUGAUUUCAGACGUAUAGAUCAAAGAUGCACGUUUGGAGGGCGAUGCUCGUGGAAUUUUUUUCAUACACACCAGUUGCUCGAUGAAAUGCCUCAGAGAACAAUGGCCGUGUAACUCUGUGCGUUUGCACGGUUUUCCCCAAGAAUAUGAAGUCUUUACUGAAAUCCAAAUGGCAGAAUGUCGAUAUCUUGAAUCCGAAGCAUUUUUUGUUAUAUCACUACUCUACUUUUCCCCCAACACCACCAUCAAAUGAUCUUCAAAAGCUGUGCGAUGUGGUUUCUCAUGGGGUAGGCAGUCUAGACGAGUUAGAAGCAACUCUUAACUCAGUCAACGUUUCCUUCUGCUCAUCACUCAUUACCCAAGUGCUUGAUUCAAGUAAAAAAGAAGCACCCACAAGACGACUCCUUAGAUUCUUUUUAUGGUCAGAAAAACAUUCCGAUGUUAAACUGGAAGACAAAGAUUAUAACCAUGCUAUCAGAGUCUUCUCUGAGAAGAAAGAUUUCCUAGCAUUAGACAUGUUAAUCUCAAAUCUUGGAAAACAAAAUAUGGCUAUGGAAACCUCAACAUUUAGCACUGUAUCCGAGACAUUGGUGAAACUAGGAAGAGUGGAUGAAGCAUUGGGAAUAUUCAAGAACUUACACAAGUUAAAAUGCCCACAAGAUAGCACCACAGUUAAUGCCAUAGUUUCUGCUUUGUGCUCAAAAGGGCAUGUCAAAAGGGCAGAAGGAGUCAUUUAUCACCAUAAAGAUAAAAUCUCAAAUGUAAAACUUGUUAUUUACAAAAACCUACUUCACGGGUUAUCUAUUCAAGAAAAUGUGAAAGAAUCAAGAAGAAUCAUCAAAGACAUGAAAGGUGCAGGAAUCACUCCAGACCUUUUCUGCUACAACACAUUUCUCAAAUGUCUUUGCAAGAAAAAUUUGAAGUCGAAUCCUUCAGGGCUUGUUCCGGAAGCAUUGAAUGUGAUGAUUGAAAUGCGAAGUUACAAAAUUGCCCCCACCACUGUAAGUUACAAUAUCUUGUUGUCUUGUUUGGGUAGGACUAGAAGAGUUAAAGAAUCUUUACAAAUUCUCAACACAAUGAAAAAAACAGUGUGUUCAUGUUCAUGUUCAUGUGCUCCUGAUUGGGUAACGUAUUAUCUUGUGGCAAGAGUGUUGUAUUUGUCAGGUAGAUUUGGGAAAGGGAAACAAAUGGUUGAUGAGAUGAUUGAAGAAGGUUUGAUUCCUGAAAGAAAGUUUUAUUAUGAUUUGAUUGGUGUUCUUUGUGGGGUUGAGAGGGUGAAUUAUGCACUUGAGUUGUUUGAUUUAAUGAAGAAAAGCUCGUUAGGUGGGUAUGAAAAGGUUUAUGAUUUGUUGAUACCAAAGCUUUGUAAAAAUGGUGAAUUUGAAAAGGGGAAAGAGCUUUGGGAUGAGGCAAUGAGUAUGAAUUUGAAACUUGAGUGUUCGAGUGAUGUUUUGAACCCUUUGAUCACAAAAGUGUUUAAGCCAAUGAGGAAGGUGGAAGAGGAAGUUAAGAUUGUAGAAUCUGAUAAAGUGAAAAUUGGAGGAAAAAAAGUGAAGGGGAAUUCAUAUGUGAAGAAGGGUAAGAAGUUGUUUAUUAGUAAUAAAAAUGGUAGGAAAUUAACAGUGCAUAAGAAGGGUAAAAAGAAACGAGCUUCCAUGAAAAUCAAUAAAACUGAAGCUACUAAGAUAAAGUCCAACAACUGAACCAUGCAUAUGAUAUUUAUUUUGUUACUAAAUCUGUUCUAUCGUUUUUACGAGAUUUAAACUUAAUCGAUAAUAUUAAUGCAACUUGAGAGGAGGUGUGUAAUGGUAUUAUGUAUUCUAUGUAUGUGUCAAGACUUAUCAUUAUACAUAAAAAUGUAUGCUCAUAAAACUGCUAAUUGACUAUCACAACUUAUGCAUAUUGUAGGGAUAUUUAACCCAUCUUGAAAGUUAAAAUAUUGGAAAUAUGUUCAACUUUA